AUGGAUAAAGAGAAAGAUGAAACAGCACCUACGCCAUCUACGCCUUCUACAUCGAUUUUACCAACUCAGGGAUAUUAUGGUUCAGGAAACCCGUACUACCUAUCAUUUAUGUUGCCUCAAAAUACAUAUCCAAAUCCAUAUACAUGCACUUGGGGAAGUCAGCUUUCAUCGAUGCCAUCUUUUGGACCAAUGAUGCCCUACCCUCCGUCGAGUAAUCCAGAGGAGUCCACACGAGUUCAACAUACCUAUAAGCAUCCAUCGAUGCCACCAUCGAGUAAUCCAGAGGAGUCUACAAGAUCUGAAAAGACUCCCCAACUAGCAAGUGAAUCAUCAAUUGUGCAAUUAUCAUUGGGUGCUGAAAGUGAAAAGAAUUUUGAAGUUGAGGAUCCAAAACCUGGUAUGGAGUUCGCCACUGAUAAAGAGCUUCUUGCAUAUUAUAAGCGAUAUGCCAAGCAACAAGGUUUUGGUGUUAUCACACAGAGGACGAAAAGAAAUGCGUCUGGGAAAUCGAAGUAUGUGACAAUUGGGUAUGCACGUGGAGGCAAGUACCAUCUGAGUCACAGUAAUAUUUCGAAGCCGCGACCAACAAUUAAAACAAAUUGUAAGGCGAAGUUAAACGCUCACUUGGAUAAAAAGGGUGUAUGGGUUUUGACCACUACUGAGAAUACUCACAAUCAUGGUACUGUCAGCCCACAGAAGUCUAGAUUUUUUAGAAGUCACAAGUGUUUAGAUGAAUAUAGUAAAAGAAUGCUCGAUCUAAAUGACAGGGCAGGUAUUCGAAUGAACAAAAAUUUUGGAGCACUUGUUGUUGAUGCGGGCGGGUUCGAGAAUCUUGAAUUUCAAGAGAAAGAUUGUCGAAAUUAUAUUGACAAAGCCAGACACUUGAGGCUGGGUAAAGGAGGUGGCGAAACACUUAGUAAUUACUUUAAGAGGAUGAGGAAGAUGAAUGAUGGAUUUAUUUCUGUGAUUGAUGUGGAUGAUGAGUUGCGACUCAGAAAUGUGUUCUGGGCUGAUGCACGUAGUCGAGCCGCUUACGAGUGUUUCGGAGAUGUGAUCACCUUCGAUACGACGUAUCUAACAAAUAGAUACGAUAUGCCUUUUACUCCUUUUGUUGGGGCUCCAAAAGCAAUCAUAACAGACCAAGAUCGGUCAAUGAAGAGUGCCAUUGCGAUGGUAUUCCCAGAAACUCACCAUAGAUAUUGUCUAUGGCAUAUCAUGCGGAAACUACCUGAGAAAUUGAGAUCCCACUCCCAAUUCAAUGUAGGGUUGAAGACUGACAUUCAGACUGCCCUAUAUGAUUCGCAUACCUGUCAAGAAUUUGAUGCCAAAUGGGGGAAACUUAUUCAGAAAUAUGACCUUGGUGAUAACACGUGGCUGGAAGGGUUGUAUACUGAGAGAUCAUUUUGGGUUCCAAUUUACUUGAAGGAUGUAUUUUGGGCUGACAUGAGCACUACACAACGGUCUGAAAGCAUGAAUGCAUUUUUCGACAGAUAUGUGCAUUCUGGUACAACGUUGAAGGAAUUUGUGGAUCAAUUUGACAAUGCUCUAAGGAAGAAGGUGGAAGUAAAGACGACAGCUGAUUUCAAUUCGUGCAACCAAACCAUCCCAUGUGUGACUCCAUUCCACUUUGAGAAGCAGUUCCAAGCGGUGUAUAUAAAUGCAAAGUUUAAAGAAAUCCAAGGGAGGUGUGGGGGAUGA